UUUUUAAUCUUUCUUACUAAUUUCUUAUUUUUAAUUUAAUUUUUUUCAUAGUGUAUCUUUAUACAUUCUUAUUCCCUAAUAUGUCAUGCUACUUAAACUAUAGUGUGAGUAAAUUAUUUGGUUGGUGCUGGUGGUUUUAUUUUCUCUUGUUGGUGGUGCUCAUGGACUGUUUUGGGUCAGUUGUUAAUUGUGAAUUCACUUAUGGCUAUGGAGCUCAAGAGUAUACACUUGCCUUGAUUAAUAUUACUUACACUCAUCCUGUGACUGGAAAGAUACACUCGGAAAAGAAUGAAAUUGGAAAAUUUACCAGUGGCAAAAUAGGGUCAGCAAAUGGAGUGGUAGUACAUGUUUCAAGUAACAACCAUACUAUGCAUGAUGGUUGUAAUCCUUUUGACAGUGAAAUUAUUCCUCAUGAACCAUGGAUUGCUCUGAUAGCACAUGGAUAUUGUAGAGAUACAAUUAAAUUACAACAUGCUGUGGAAAAUAAUGCUUCAGCAGCUAUAAUUUAUAGUAAUGAGUACAACUCAUUUGGACUCCAGUUGCAUCAUCAAGUUUUUGACCUAGUUGCAGUCUUUAUAAGUGAAGAAGAAGGCGAGAAAAUUGCUGCCUUAGUUGACAAUGGCACUAGGGUUGACAUACACAUCAGUGUGGGAACACCUAAUACCUUCAGAUAUGCAAAUAUCAACCGCACUUCGGUCCUUUUUGUUUCAAUCUCCUUUAUCAUCUUGAUGAUCAUAUCUUUGGCUUGGCUUGUUUUCUAUUAUGUCCAGCGUUUCCGUUACAUUCAUGCUAAAGAUAUCUUAGCU